UGACGUCACGCAGCGAUGAAAACAAAUAUGGCCACCGUCAAGAACGGAGCUCAGAAAGUGGUCUCAUGGGCUCGCUCCUUAUUACGCAGUGGACGCGAUUUCGUAGAGGAUACGUGCACUCGCAAUCAGCAGAAGACAGACUCGGCUUUUCUACGGUUGGUCGGACCUUUCGAGGCGUACCUAGUGUCUAUACAGAGCCUUCUGAUUUGGGAGCGACCUUACCUAAGUGCUGUGGCAUUGGUUGCAGUCAACUGUUUCUUUUGGUUUAUAGUCUCCUGUAGCAGGAGGUUCUACUCAUUUGCGGCGAUACUUGCCGCCAUAAUAUUUAUGUACAAAACUUGGGUGAACAGUAUCUGGCCAGAGAUACGGGUGCCCCCUGCAGAGGGUGAAGAUACCGAACAAUGGACUCCUGUGAAUCCUCAAGUUCUUAGCGUCCCAGAGCUGAACCGUUACGUCACCGAGUGGAGUGAAAGUGCGAAAAAGUGGUUCAGUAACAUCAUAGCACUCCGUAAGACACAUCCAGGACUGUUCUGCACCCUCGCCUGCACCAUGUUUACAUUAACAGCUGUGCUCGGAAGAAUGGUGUCUGGAGUUCUCAUUGUCUAUACUUUGCUCAUGACAGUGACACUGGGCCCUGGAAUAGCAUUGUACGUGGUUCCAGAAACCUGGUACGAGCAGUUUGAUGCGAUCAUGAGCAUUGCUUCGGGAAAGCCGCCAAAUAGUUCUGUGAUGGGUGGUGAUGGUCCUUCUGGGGUCACCAAAAAUUUAAAGUCCGACGAGUUGGAAGAAUUUCUGCCCAGGGAAAGCGAGGAAACACUCUGUCGCCAGCUAAGCCUUUCGUACGACUCUGAGUCAAAGUCUGGGACAGAUUCCUCCACUCGAAGCGAGGAGGCGGCUUUUGCUCAAGAGCUGGGCACGGGGCAGCUCGCUUCAUUGGAGGAAGAGUCGCAAGGCCUAGCUAGCUUUCCUGACGGCGAAGACGAGAGUGACCUGGACAGCUUCCUUCCCGACUUGAAUUUGCUUCCCGCUGCGGUACAAUCGAAGUCUGGUGAAAGCAUGCACUUUGUGGCAGCCCACUUUCGCGAAGACAGUUCCGAAUCUGAUUCGGAAGACGCAUUCGCUCGCGGAUUGACUUUCAGUCGACCGCAGAAAAAGUCUGCCGAGGCGUCGAAGUCGAGGCCACUUGCGGUGGGGCCCUCCAGGGGUGGUGCGGCUGCGACAAAAAAUGGACAGGGGUCUCGGCACCCUUCGCAGAGCAGCGACAUCGACAUCAACGAGUACGAAAUUGUGGACGAGUCGGACGUUUCCACGUGACAUAGUCUCGCAGCAUAGUCGAAUGAAGGUCGUUGAGGUGAAGUGUUUUAAGUUGUUCGGCCCUGUUUAACUGGGCGACUCUGUUUGUGCUUUUUUUUUUUUUUUUGUCCGUUUCAGUUUAAUGCCGACAGUAGCUCUCAAGUGCAAAGGUGCAGAAAAGUUCUUACAUUAUUUAUAUAUAGCUUCCCAAAUUCUUGCCAGUGGUACCAAGUCCUACGCAGGUACAAUCGCAUACUGUACAGGUUACAGAGGGUGAGGUACAAGAACGUUUUACACUCAACCACUUUUUUGUAACAUGCCCAAAGAGAGCUCUUCUACACUGUAGGGCUAGUAUAUUUACUAAAUGCAUAUCACGUAACGAGAGUAUACAUAUAGAAUUUCGUGGGUAUGCGAUAACCAAAUUAAAAAACUGCGCUUCAGAGCCUACUGUGUUGUACAUACAACUUUCCAAUUUUGAGUGUUAACUUACUUGUCACUUAGUAGUAUGUCAGUCUCCUGGUUUUUUUUAGACCUUGCAUUUUCUUACAUACGUAUGCCUGGAGCGUAAAACUGCCCUACGCGCGGUCUUGCAUCACAGUUAACGGUCAACAAAACAAAUGCUCAUGAGUUGUGAACAAUACGGUUUACUCAGUUUUACUUUAGACUUUUAUAAGUUGCGUAAGAAAUAAAUACGGUCAAUCCCUGUUGUAGUGACCUCCCCUAUAACUAGAGCCUGAAGUUUUACAGUUUAACCCGAUUCUUCCCCGAAUUGAAGGUUGCCUGUUUAGGGUAAAACCCGAUUUUCAGCCGUCAGAUUGCCCUCACUGAGACGUUUGUAGGAAUGCACACUAACUUGUUUGGCAGCAAAUGCAGUUACGUACUGUCAGUUUGAGGAACUGAGCCCAAUUUCUCCCCGAAUAUAGCAUACUGGAGGUUUUUCCAUACGAAUUCGCAUGAAUUCAGAGCGCAUGUUUAUUUACCCAAUUUUUUACCCCAAAAUUUUGAAAAAAUAUUUCCCGAAAACUUCAGGCUCUACCUACAACGAACAUGAGAGGGACUCCAAACAUCCAUUUUGCUUGGAGUAUCAACAGAGCUGGCUGUACCAAAUGGGGAAAAUAGGAAUGUAUAUGGUAUUCUAAACGUUUCAGAGUAUAUUGUUAUUAUUUCUUUUACAUAUUUCUACGUGCACCCUCAGAGGUAGUUUUAAACUGAUGGGCUUCUUUUUUUGCCUUACUGAUACCUACCUUAGUUGUUCUCACUCUCUGUCUGCUGAUCCAUUUAUUUAUGAAGACUUUUAACGAGAGAUUUUUAUCACAGGAAUGCUGUUAUGAUGCAACUGUCAUGCCUUUCUUAGCUUACAUGGCAUCCCAACAUGUGAGAGCUCACCUAGUAUUUCCUAUUUUGUGCAACAGAGUUGAAACUCACAAUCAAGGACCCCAUACUCUUUGCUUGUGUGUUACAUGUGCCAUGCACCCCUGUUUGAAUCCAACAGUGAUUUGCAUAUCUACUAGUCCUAUGUAUACCAUGUUUCAAUGAUGAUAGGUUAACCCUAAAUUAUUUUAAAGUUUGUUUGCUGACAUCUGUACAUAAUAGUUGUACAUAUAAGUCACCUUUCAAUUAUGGCCACCAGACAUGAUGUACAAUUUGGUUCCCAAAUUACCUGCAUGACAUGUACAGAAUAUUCUAAAGAGUUGUGUAAUAGAGUAGGUACACUUCAUAUAUAACACAGUGAGAAACAUAUGCCUGUAGUGUGACAGUUGGGCAUACUGUUGAAGUGACAGAUGUGAAUGACACCCAUUUUUGAGACUUGCAUUGGGUAGUUUUUUUAUCAGAAAUAUGUAGUGCCAUGUCUGUCUCUAAACAGACUAAAACUGUGUAAAACUGUCUUGUGUAAAACUAAUAGUUUUACACAAGAGUGUGCAGUCAGCAGUAAUGUGAUGAUGCCCUAUGGACCUUUUUUUGUUUGUUUGUUUCUUGACUUUGCAAGAGCCCUGCCAACUUGGUCAAGGCUGCACAUCUCUGAAAGUUCCUGCCGUUUCUCUUGUACUUUUCUUUUUCAUUCCCUUGCCCGUAAACAGCACACGACCUGUCCUAAAUAAUACGGGAGUGUGCAGUGGCGCCCGGGUCCGAAAUCUUGCCCCUCCCUGAAAAAUUGCCUAGUGGCGCCCCUGGCUACGGAGGUAAUGGACGCAUUUUUUUGGCUAUCCCAAUGUUAGCUUUCAACGUUUAGUGCACCUGGUUUAAAAAAGAAAAAAAAUCAGUACAGUAAAACACCUAUUUUUGCCUCUUUGACUGUAAACCUGGUAUGGAAUGUAGCGGAUUAUUGCAACUUUUCAAGCUCGUUUGGGAGAAAAUAGUACUUCCACUCUGGUGGCAAACACAUGCCACUCUAACAGAGCCAUAUUUUGUACAGGUUCCCCCCCCCCCCCCCCCAGGUCCUUUUCUUUUUCUAACACCCUGUGAAGCAACGCAAUAAUUCAGACCCAAGGAUUAGUAAAACACACAUGUAGCCAUACCUCUGUAUUUUUGUAUGCAGAGCAAAGCCUGCAGUUGCAUCAGAUACCCGUUACACUGUAAACUAGAGGAAACACCCAGCACACGAUAACACAUUUAGUCUGUAUGUUAGUGCCUUGUCGUCCUAUCACAUAGUAGUUCAAAUUCACAAUGGUCUCAGAACUUAACACCUCAUACUUGUGAUUGCACUUGUUUCAUGUGGGUCUCUCAGAAUAAAAUUGGAGAACAUUUGA